AUGCAGGAUGACAAGCUGCAGUUCCUGGAGAGCAUCCGCAGCCUGUGCAGGAGCGCCACGAACCGUGGCUCGUUAGCAGGCCUGGAGUGCUUCUGCCGCAGACAUGAGCUGGCAGAGAAGGUCGAGGCGCUGCUGAGCGAGGAGCCCCAGAAGCAGAUGCGCACAGAGCUGCAGCUGCUUGCCAUGCUGGCCAUCACCCAACUGAGCUCUGUGCUGCCCGAGCUGCUGGACAACACACAGCUGAUCAGCUCCUGCUUUCGGAGUGUUCUUCUUCUUCCUCCAGAAGAGGAAAUGACGGGCCUGGAGGCUUCCCUCUACACUCAGACCGUGGAUGCCAUGGACAUCAUGCUGAAGGCUGUGGUGCUCAAAUGUGGCGAGGUGCUGCAGGACGUCUUGGAGGUGCUGCUCACCUUCACCAGCUCUGAGAGAGCCGUUGUGCGGGAGAGGGCCUUGCAGAGGAUUUGCAGCCUGAGCCAUUGGCUGGCCAGCUGUUCCACUCUGGAGGCUGGUCAAAAUGAGGAUAGAGAUGAUGCCUGUGGACAGAUCCAGAUCCCAGUCCUUGGGAAGUUGUUUGGACGUCUCAUCCUCAUGGCAUUUGAGGAAGAAAAGGCCAACCAUGUGGCUCUGGAUGCUCUCUACGCCCUCCUCAAUGUCAUCUGUCAGCAGCAACGUGUGACACUGCCAGAGGACAAUGCACAGCUCCAAGCACACUGGGAAGAUGGGAUCAGCUCCUCACUUCAUUCUCCCAAUGCCAAGGACUUCAUCGAGGCUGUUGGAAAAUACCUGGGACCUUCUGAGAGGACAUACAUCAUCCUCUCAACCAUUACGAUGUUCCGCUACUCAUCUCCCUGCAAUCAUCAGGUGGCUCUCAGCAUGCUGGAGGUGAUUGGGAGAGAGCCUGACUGGUGGCUGACGGAUGUGCCAAAAAUCAUGAGCCACAUCUACCACACUGGGGUGGUCACGGACAUCCAAGUCCAGCACAGCCUCCACUGCCUGCUUCUCUUGGUGGCUGACAGGAGUCCUGGGCAGGUGGUCACAACACUGCUGCAGAUCGCCCCACGAGGAGAUAGGAAUGCCCUCAGUUUGUGGGAGGUGAUGUUCUCAGUGCCCCAGACGGUAGAGAAGGUCUUGAAGGAGCUUCGUGUCCAACUCCAGGACCUGAAGAAUGGCAUUUUCCGCACCUUUCCUGAAAACGACUGCCUCUCUUACUUGGCUCUGCUGGCCUCCGAAGAUGUGCAAGAGGAGGAAUUCGCUCCAUUGUACAAAACCUGCAGGUUUCUGCUGUAUUCAGCCAACAGCACAGACAGAGAGAUAACCUCCCUGCUGCUCAGGGCCCUCAUCACACUGUCCAACAGAGAGGACAGGGCAAGAAAAAUGAAGGUGCUGCUGCCAGACCUGAUGAACCUGUUGCGGCAGAACUGCACGUCUCUGGUGAUGAUGGCCCUGAUGGUCCUCCAGAACAUGAUGAAGUGCUUGAAGAGGACCGAGGCCAGUUCCAUUGCUGCAGAUGUGGCGAGGAUACUCUGGUACCACUUUGAUGAGGAGGAAAGCUGGGUGCGGGAGAGCUGCAUCAGCUCCUUCAGAGACCUGGUGAGGACAGUGGUGGGGAAGGAGAAGAAGUGGAUGAAGAACUUCGUGCACACUGUCCUGGCCCCACUCAUCCUUCGCAUGAACGACGAGGCCCCCAAAGUGGGCCAGGUACUGAUGUCAAGGCUGAGCAGUGACACAGAGAGGGGUGGCUGACAUUCCCUGGGGCUCCGGGGCACUGGGCAGCACCCCCAGCACAGACCCUGGGAAGGGUCCCUGCAGAAUCAGUGCAGCAGGGCUGGACAAGCUGGCACGGCCAUUCCCAACCCCUGCCCUGCCUACUGCAGCACGGCUCAGCCCCAGCCCAGCACCACCAAGGUGUGGGAUGUGUGCUAUGUGGUCCCCAAAGGUGUUGGAGAGCAGGGAUUUGAGCCUCUAUCCCUGUACCUAGGGGCCAUUCCCAGAUGCUUUGGCAGGGGCGUGUCCCAGCUCCCUCAAGGCAGAGGCACCUUUCGCAGGCCCUGGAGCCAUGUCCCAGCUUCUGCUGUUCCACAGGCCUCCAGGAAUGCCCUCCUUGCCAUCGCAGAGCUCCUCAAGUGGAAGGAGAUGAAGCAUGUGGUGAAGACAUGGCAGACCUGGAAGAUGGCUGAGUGCUUGAUGAAAAAGGACAGCAGCAGGGCUGAGCAGUACCUUCUUCAGAGCCUGAAGUACCUGAAGGACCCUCAGGAAUGCGUGCGAGACUCGACUAUCAGGUUCAUUGGGACCAUCAUGCGGCAUGUCAAGGACCAAAGCACGGAGGUGCCUGCUCUGAUUGUCAGAGAACUUCAGGCCUUGGAGAAAGAUGGCUGUGAAUUCAUCUGUUGCCUGGCAGCUCAGACCAGCUUGAUCCUGAGCAGGCUGAGGGAGCAGCAAUCACCAGCAGGGUCCCGAUGCUCUCUGUGGUGCUGGCACCACUGAGCUGGGGGCCUCUUGUGUCCAGAGUGGCACAUUCAGGCAAGACUGAUCAGGAACACCCUCCCACUGAUUCACAAGGUGUGCAGAAAGGACUCCUGACUUCCUGAGGUUCUUAUCAGAGAAGGCUCUGGGAGUGGUUGGAUCCAGGCUUGGUCAGCACUUCGUCAUACAUCAUUGAGCCUGGACAUCACAUUGUUCUGAGGAUUAUGGUUGGCAAACCAACUAUAGCUGUACAUAGUUUAUUUGUAAAUAAAGUUAGCUUUAUGUUU